AUGUUCAUAAAUAAAAAAUAGAAAGAAACUCUGUCGGUUUCCCUCUUUCUUUUCAUCCUUCACAUUCCCCCGCGUCAUGUUUAUAGCCGCCGGCGGCCAGUGUUUCUUCUUCAACUCCGGCGAUUCUCUAUAGACCCAGUAUACCCUCCGCCACCAGCAAUCAUCAGUGAGACUCCGACCAGCCACCCGUGCCGCCCCUACACUAUUGACGACUGUUUGCUGCUUUUCUACAAUAGCGACUAGCUGCUCUUCUACACCCUUGCAGACGGAUACCCACGGCGCACGACGGCGCAACAUCCUCCAGCACCGAAACCACGAGCUCCACAUUUUGAAUUCUUCUGUUGAUGACUUUGGACUGAUCCAACAAGAUUUAACGGCGAAAUUGGGGCGAAACAGUAUAAACCAUAUUCAAAUUACGAAACCUAGUCGUCGUUGCCAACGAAAUUUUGUUGUCCAAGAUGGCGGAAGAGGAUGCAACUGUGGCAGUUUCCACAAGCUCCAACCACCAAGGAUCAUCACUUUGCGAAGAGUGUAAAUCAAACCCAUCAAAGUACAAGUGCCCCGCUUGCUCUAUCCGUUCUUGUAGCCUCAAUUGCGUCAAUGCCCACAAGCGCCGCAGUGGCUGUACUGGAAAGAGGAAGCAGACCCAAUUCGUUCCUCUUUCUCAAUUCAAUGAUAGUAUCCUUCUUUCUGAUUAUAAUUUGUUAGAGGAAGUUAAGAGAAUGGCUGAAUCAGCUCAAAGACUUAGAAAGAAAUUGUGCCCUUACACUCAUGCUUACUUUCGACUACCGUUUCAUCUUAAAAGUUUGCGUGCUGCUGCUUCAAAUAGGAGAACAAAAAUUAUGUUUCUCCCCACCGGAAUGACGAAAAGGGAGAACAAUCAAACUCGAUAUGAUAAGAGGGAGAAAACAAUCUUCUGGACAAUGGAAUGGCGGUUUAACUCUACAAAUAUUGUUUUAGUUGACCAUGAAGUUAAUGAAAACUCUAAGCUUUCUACCAUUCUUGCAAAUCAUCUACGACCAAGUCCAUGGAAAACUCAACUUCAGAAGUUCCGUGAACAGCUGGAUUGCCUCAAAGUUUUUGUCCGCACAUACCCCAAGGGAGCUAAAUCGCCUUUUCAUGAGCUGGACUCGACAUUGCCAAUAAGACAACUAUUUUCCAAUUUGGCUUUUGUGGAAUACCCUGUUAUAUAUGUUGUUUUACCCUUUCAUACUCCUAAUUUUGAAGUAGUUAAAACUGCCAAUCCAGCGAGUCGUAAUCUAGAAGGUUCAAAUGCUCUGGAAAAUGAUCUUGCUAGCCAUGAAGGCGUUUGCUUCAGAGUGGAAGAAAUAGAAGAUGACGAAAAUUCCUGCAAUCCUCAGGUUCUUGAUCUGAUGAAAGUAUCAACUUCAAGCCCACAUUGCAAAGUCAGCCCCCGAAACCUGGUGGGGAAGCAGGAAGUUGGGAAUAGCCCCAAGUCAAGCUCCCAGGCCAGGGAGCUAGGUGUAGUGAAAGAGUUGGAGUUUGAUUUUGAGCAAGAUCUGAUAGAUGCAUACUCAAACAUCAUGGCACAAAUCAAUCCAGAUGAUUUUCUUGAUUGGGAAGGAGACUUUUCCAAGGAAGUGGAAAUGGAAGGAAGUGGUGAACUUCUCGGGGAUGCGUUCACGGCUGAAGAACUUGAGGAAGGAGAGAUUAUGGAAUAGUUUUGGAUAUAUUUUUUGCACUUCAGCUGUCAGUGGUCUACGAGCAGGAACCAAUUUUUGCUUGAAGCAGAGCUUUCCAGUUCCUACUACACUACAGGUAAAUCUUGCUACCAUUUUACUUCAUUGAUUUGCCCAUCUCUCCAAGCAGCAUCGUGCAUUUUGGCCCUUGCUAGAUUGGAACAUUCUGGAAGACGUUAGCUGAAUCUUCUUGUUGUUUAUACUUGUUGCUAAUCUUCAUUUGAUUAUAUCAGUGAGCUGUAUGGAAACAUAUAUCUUACAGAAUUUUAUACGAUCUGUUAAGUUUUUUCUCA